UCUUUCUCUCUCUUCAGCCACCACCACCUUCGUCUUUCUCCUUCGCCGAAUCUGACACCGCCAAAGUUUCAUUUCCGAGAUCUUCUUCUUCCUCCUCCUCCUCCACAGAUCUAAAAGAUCUCAAGUACCGAAGAAGCAAAGCUCCAAAACAAUCCGAGACCGUUUUGACUCCGACUUCGACGACGAACCAAUUCUUCCCCCUCCCGUAGAUCUAGCGGAGAAAAACCUCUCGUAAAAUUUUCUUAACGAGAUUCGAAUCCGAGAUCGGUAAGUGAUGGCGCCGAGUAUUCGGAAAGCGAUCGGAGCGGUUAAGGACCAGACAAGCAUCGGGAUCGCGAAAGUAGCGAGCAACAUGGCACCAGAUCUAGAAGUAGCGAUCGUGAAAGCCACGAGCCACGACGACGAUCCAGCUAGCGAGAAGUACAUCCGCGAGAUCCUAAACCUGACUUCUCUCUCUCGCGGCUACAUACUCGCCUGCGUGACCUCCGUCUCACGGCGUUUGGGGAAAACGCGCGAUUGGAUCGUCGCUCUCAAGGCCCUGAUGCUCGUUCACCGUCUCCUCAACGAAGGAGACUUUCUUUUCCAGGAAGAGAUUCUGUACUCGACGAGACGAGGUACGAGGAUGCUCAAUAUGUCUGAUUUCCGCGACGAAGCGCAUUCGAGUUCGUGGGAUCAUUCUGCUUUCGUUAGGACUUAUGCUUUUUACUUGGAUCAGAGGCUUGAAUUGGCUCUCUAUGAGAGAAAGAGUGGUGUGAAGGUGAAUAGUGGUGGUAAUAGUAGCCAUCAUAGCAAUGGUGAUGAUCGAUACGGUAGAGGAAGAGACGAUUUUCGCUCUCCGCCUCCGAGAUCUUAUGAUUACGAGAAUGGUGGUGGUGGUGGUGACUUCAGGGGAGAUGGUAAUGGUUAUGGUGGUGUUCCUAAACGAUCUCGAUCUUAUGGAGAUAUGACUGAGAUGGGAGGAGGAGGAAGAGAUGAGAAGAAAGCUGUUACGCCGUUAAGGGAAAUGACACCGGAGAGGAUAUUCGGGAAGAUGGGUCAUUUGCAGAGGCUGCUUGAUCGGUUUUUGUCAUUGAGACCAACCGGUUUAGCUAAGAACAGUAGGAUGAUAUUGAUCGCGUUGUACCCGGUCGUGAGGGAGAGUUUUAAGCUGUACGCUGAUAUCUGCGAGGUUUUGGCUGUUUUGCUUGACAAGUUUUUCGAUAUGGAGUAUACGGAUUGCGUCAAGGCCUUUGAUGCGUAUGCUAGUGCGGCUAAACAGAUUGAUGAACUCAUUGCGUUUUAUAAUUGGUGUAAGGAAACUGGUGUGGCGAGGUCGUCUGAGUACCCGGAAGUGCAGAGGAUCACUAGCAAGUUGUUGGAGACUUUGGAAGAGUUUGUCAGAGACAGAGCAAAGAGAUCAAAGAGUCCUGAGAGGAAAGAAAUCGAAGCUCCUCCUCCACCACCACCAGCUCAAGAAGAGGAACCUGAACCUGAUAUGAAUGAGAUCAAAGCGCUUCCUCCUCCAGAGAAUUACACUCCUCCACCUCCUCCUGAGCCAGAGCCUCCAAAACAGCAAGUCACCGAUGAUUUGGUUAACUUGAGAGAAGAUGAAGUCACUGGUGAUGACCAAGGGAACAAGUUUGCGCUUGCUCUCUUUGCAGGCCCACCGGGUAGUAAUGGCAAAUGGGAAGCUUUCUCUUCCAAUGGAGUCACUUCCGCUUGGCAGAAUCCUGCGGCAGAGCCCGGGAAAGCGGAUUGGGAAUUGGCAUUGGUGGAAACAGCUAGCAACUUAGAGAAACAGACGGCCGCUUUGGGAGGUGGUUUCGACUCGUUGCUGCUCAACGGUAUGUACGAUCAAGGAAUGGUUAGACAACACGUGAGCACCUCACAGUUAACAGGUGGUAGCGCGAGCAGCGUAGCUUUACCUUUACCGGGUAAAACCAACAAUCAAGUAUUGGCUUUACCUGCACCAGAUGGAACCGUGGAGAAAGUGAACCAAGACCCGUUCGCAGCUUCACUAACCAUACCACCACCUUCAUACGUGCAAAUGGCUGAGAUGGAGAAGAAGCAGUAUCUGUUGAGCCAAGAGCAGCAGCUAUGGCAGCAAUACCAGCGCGAAGGGAUGAGAGGUCAAGCCAGUCUAGCGAAGAUGAACACAGGUCCAAUGCCUUAUGGAAUGCCACCUGUCAACGGGAUGGGACCACCACAACAGGGGUAUUACUACAACAACCCUUACUGAUUCAUUAUUUUUGUUAUCAUCCAUAUAUAUGUGUAGAUGACUCGUCUUCCCACCGUUGAUCUCGUGUGUGUGUUUCUUUAUUGUUAUCCUUGGAUUGUCUUAAAACGAUAAAAUCUCUCAAGUUUUGAACUUUCUGUCUCUCUACUCGAGUUUGAUUUAUAGUUUUAUGUACACUUUCUUGAUUCCCAUUUUGUAUAACACAUUUUGAUAUCUUCUUUUGAUGUUUCCUCUGCUUCAA